UGUCACUAAGAAAUAACAUGGCCGCAUCGUUAUGCAGUAGAUUUUUCCAACAAACACCAAAACAGCGGGCAAUAUUUACAUCUACAAUACUUCCCACGGUCACAAGGCCAUUUCUUUGUCGAGGUCAUCGUCUGGGUCCCAGUGAUGAUGAGUUGUACCAAAGGACCACUGUGUCCAUAAUGAAGAAGGAGCAGGGCAGUGGGCCCAUGAUCCAUAGCUACAGCUCCAUAGGCUUCAACAUUGACGGGAACCGAGUGUUUGGCCCCUGCGCUGUAGUCCCUCCAGCCAUCCUGCAGUGGAAAGUUGGAAGCCAUACAGACAUAACAGAAGAAAGUGUGUCACUUUUCCAUAUGAUUGAACCAAGGAUAGAGAUUCUUGUCUUGGGUACCGGUGCAAAAGUUGAACGCAUUGAUCCAGCAGUUUUGGCAUUGCUUAAAAAAAAGGGUAUCUCUGUGGAAGUGCAAGACACGCCAAAUGCAUGUGCAACAUUUAACUUCUUGACCAGUGAGCGAAGAGUGGCAGCCGCUGGUCUGAUACCUCCACCGCAGAGCACAACAUUAGAUCUGAUAAAGGAGUAAUAUUGUUGAAAGCAAAAGACUGGAAGGACUUUUUAUAUUGAUGUUGGAAAAUAACAGAUGUGCACUUCUGUUUUACUGGGAGAUGCUCCAGAGUAGUACAAAAUAUACAGCCAUU